AUGGCUUCCGGGGACCACCAGGUGUUCUCCACUAACGAGAGGACGCAUGUCAAGAAGCUGGGGCUGAGAAACCAGGCCGCGCAGAUCACGGCCAUGAACGCGCUGUACUCUCACUCGUCCACUGGCUCUCUGCAGCACGACCACCUCCGCCGCUUGCAGAGGGCGCUGGACAGCGCAGACGAGGCAGGACGCACAGCGGGGGCGUCCCCCGUGCACCACCUGGACGUCAAGGGCCGUCUCGCGCAGGACCCGAUCGUCGGGGCACCCAGGCAAGUCCGCAAGAGCAGACAGAACGAGAGCACGGAGCCGCAGUGGCGCCUGCAGCGGGGCAAGUGGGUCUACGACGACGGCGAGCGCUACGUCCCGCCCGGGUGGGACGGCUUGAGCUCGGCGGAGGCCUCGGCUCAGUUCUGGGAGGACGAGCAGGCGAAGAAGAAGGCGAAGCCGUACCGCAACGGCGUCGCCAUCGAGGGCAGGAUGCGAGGCUGGCAGAGGCGGAACCCCUCGGGCGGCUUCUUCAGCGAGCUCUGA